AAUGAUUUAGACAGACUCUUUUACACAUGCAUCAUUGGCGAACUGCGACACAAAAGAUAUUGCAAUUUGCCUACUGCUCACCAUUAAAACCCAGAAGCACGCUAGACAACAUCCAGAAAUUAGUUCAUUGUGGAGCGAGAACCGCUGCAGUGAAUAAGGUGCAAAGGACAAUAAGAUAUAAUAGUGGUAGCGCGACUGGGCAAUACACAGGAAAACAGGAUAUGGAACCGGGAGUGAUAGCGGUCAUUGGGACCACAGGUGUUGGGAAAUCAAAUCUGUCUAUUCAACUCGCCAAAGAACUUGAUGGAGAAGUUAUCAAUGCUGAUGCCUUACAGGUCUAUAAGGGACUGGAUAUCAUCACUAAUAAGAUGCCCAUAGAGGAACGCGAGAAUAUUGUUCAUCAUUUGAUAGAUUUCCUCCCAAUGGAUCGCGAGUACUCAGUUUUGGAUUUUAAAGCCGAUGCUCUUGACUUGAUCAAACAAAUUCAUGGCCGGAAGCACAUACCUGUAAUCGUCGGAGGCACACAUUAUUACAUUCAGUCCCUUCUUUGGCGUGACACGCUUUUGGAUACUAAAAAGAAUCCUGGCAUGUUAUCAGAAGCAGAGCAACAAGAGCAGAUCAGUAUUCAUGAGAAAUUCCUAAAAGAGUCUGAUACCCUAACAUUAUAUAAGAAGCUACAGGAAGUAGAUCCUAUUAUGGCAAAUAAGUGGCAUGAAAAUGACAGGAGAAAGAUCACCCGAUCAUUGCAGGUGUAUUUCGAAACUGGGCAGAGCCAGAGCGAUCUGAUAAAGAAGCAACAUACAGUGCCAGAUAAUGAAAGACUGAGGAUGCCGUCAUGUAUAUUUUGGGUUUAUUCCACACAGGAUGUCCUUAACGCGCGUUUGGAUGCAAGAGUUGACGCUAUGGUCAAGGGUGGUCUUUUCGAAGAGAUUAAAGGUAUGCGAGCGAAUGUCGGUCCAGAUACUGACUACGAGCGCGGGAUAUGGCAAGCCAUCGGCUAUAAAGAAUUUGACUCGUAUUUCACAGCUGUGGAAGAAGCAAUAAGAGACAAUCGACCAACAGAUACAAAUGAAUUAGAGACGCUAAAAGCAGAGUGCACAGAGACUAUGAAAACGCGCACAAGGCAGUAUGCUAAGCGACAGGUCCUUUGGAUCCGGAAUAAGCUGCUCCCACUCUGUCGUGAAAAAGAUGUCAAGCUAUUUCUGCUUGAUGCAACCUCACUGGAUACUUGGAAAGAGAAUGUCGAGAACGUUGCUGUUAAAAUAGCAAAAGAUUUCUUCGCUGGAAACAGUCUUCCAGCUCCUGAAAGCCUUAAUUCUUAUGCCAAAGAGAUGCUCACAGUACAGCGUGACCUUGAUGUUGUAGCAGCGUUGGAGUCAUGGGAAAAGAGGGAGUGUACUAUUUGCACGGAGAUGCAGCGGAUUAUGCAUGACAAGUACGCGCCUCAAGGAUCUGUAGAGCCGAUCCCACCUGUCAUUAUCCACGGCCCUACUAGCUGGGAGCAACAUCUCCGAUCUAAGCAGCAUCGAAAGAUGAGGACUUGUAAGGCAGAAAUGGAGCGCGACGGCCCCAAUUGGUGGUAUUUCAAAGCGCAAGAGUACAAGAAGCGAAAACGGGAAGGGACCCUUAACAGCGAGGCCGAGACAGUUGCGUUUAACCAUAGCAAUGACAAUGCCGAUAAUAAUGAAAGCAAUAGCGGCCAUAACAGUAGCGAUAGUGAGGGCAGUGACAACCCAAGAAAAAUGCGGCGGACUGAUAUAGCCAUAGAGGCAGCUGAACCCGUGUAA